CGCGACUAUAGAAUUCAGGCAGGCAAAGAAACAUGUGUUCAACGUUGAGUAAAGUUUGAAGAAAGUAAAAAGAUUGGAGAAACUUUCUCCAAUCUUUUUACUUUCUUUAAACACUGUUUUACUUUCAAAAGAUGCCUAGGCGAAUAACAUGUGUGGCUGUUGGUGAUACAGGCGUUGGAAAAACGUCGUUGUUAUUCGCAUUUGUAACUAAAACUUUCCGAACAAGAUACAUUCCAGCCGUGUGUGAUAUUGAUCCAUUGGAUGUGAAAUUGGACGACAUUAAAGAAUCUGUUAGUAUUGAUGUGAUGGAAGCACUUGGUGACGAUGGAUCUGAAGACAAUGAAUUACGUAGACCCAUCUGUGAUCCUAAAACUGACGUGUUUCUAGUAUGUUUUUCAUUAUCGCAUCGAAAAUCGUAUACACAAGUGUUGACCAAAUGGCAUCCGGAAUUAAAACAACACAGUCCUGCUGCAGCUAUCAUUUUAGUUGGUACAAAACUUGACACAAGAACAGACAAAGAAUAUUUCGAACGAAAUCAAGCAAUUACAACAGAAGAGGGAAUACAGUUAGCUAAAGAAAUAGGAGCUGUGAAAUAUUUAGAAUGCUCGGCAUUAACGCAACAAGGUGUCAAAGAAGUACUGGAGGCGGUUGCCAGAGUUGGGCUGCUAGUAAUACAAAAUCAAUGUUGUUUGUUGUUCUAAUUUGAGACAAUUUUCCUUUAAAUGGAUCAUGGAUCAUUUUCUUGACAAUGAAACAACAAGGCGUAUUAUGAGAAUCAUUGUGUUCAUUUUCAGAGAAUAAUUCCUGUCCGUCCAAGUUAUGAAAAGAAAGGUAUUAUAGAAGGAAAAAUCAUUGUUCAAGAGAUAUUGUUUGCUCCGAUGAUGAUCUUGGUAAACUUAAUUGUCAGUUUGUUUUAAGCCAUUUCUAAACGGAAAUAUACUUUGUGGAAAAAAGUUAUAAAAAAUUUUUUAUAUUUAAUGAGCAAAUAAAUCUAGAUGUGCUGAA